CCCGCCGACGCCGAAGACCCCGGCUGCGGCGUGGGAAGUGAGGGGCGAGCAUCCCGUCGCUUGCUGAUGAAUUCACUGGCUGGGAACUGGGGCCUGGGGGGAACCUUUGUCCCCUAGAGGCUGAGGCUUGCACCCUCCUCCCCUCCUUUCCGGACUGACGGUUUGACAGGUUCCUGUGCCACGCGUGCACACCUUCUGAGAGCAGGAGAUUGAAUUUGCUCUCAAUAAUGGGAAGAACCUACAUUGUAGAAGAAACUGUUGGCCAGUAUCUUUCAAAUAUCAGUCUCCAAGGAAAAGCUUUUGUCUGUGGUCUUUUGAUAGGACAGUGUUCUUCACAAAAGGAUUAUGUGAUUCUUGCCACUAGAACACCACCCAAAGAGGAAAGUAAUGAGAACCCCAGACAUCCAAAAGCUAAGUUGGAUAAUUUGGAUGAAGAAUGGGCCACAGAACAUGCCAAUCAGGUAUCUAGAAUGUUGCCUGGAGGACUUUUAGUUCUUGGAGUAUUUAUUAUUACAACUUUAGAACUGGCAAAUGAUUUUCAAAAUGCUCUGCGCAGAAUAAUAUUUGCUAUGGUAAAGUCUAUGAAUAGAAAAAGAUUAUGGAGUUUCACCGAGGAGGAAGUCUCAGAACGGGUACUAGUUCAUCUUUGCUCUUCUACAAAAAAAAUAUCAUGUCGAACUUAUGAUGUCCAUGAUCCAAAGUGUUCACCGAGACCAGCAGAUUGGAAGUAUCAGAAUGGACUGUCCACCUCAUGGCUUUCCCUAGAGUGUACUGUUAACAUUAACAUUCAUAUCCCACUUUCUACUACUUCUGUCACCUAUACUCUGGAGAAAAAUACAAAGAAUGGACUUACACGGUGGGCCAAGCAAAUAGAAAAUGGUGUUUAUUUAAUUAAUGGAAAAAUUAAAGAUGGAGAUUGUGAUCUAUUAGAAGGACAGAAAAAAUCUAGAGGAAAUACUCAAGUAACCAGUCAUUCUCUUGAUGUUCGAGUACUAACACAUUUGCUCUUGAAUUCAGACCACAGAUCCACAGCCACAGUCCAGACAUGCAGUGGUUCUAUAAACCUUAAGGGUGCUGUAAAAUGCAGAGCGUAUAUUCACAGCAACAGGCCCAAGGUGAAAGAUGCUGUACAGGCAGUGAAGAGAGAUAUAUUGAACACAGUUGCUGAUCGUUGUGAAAUACUAUUUGAGGAUCUGCUUUUGAAUGAAAUAUCAGAAAAAAAAGAUUCUGAGAAAGAGUUCCACAUCCUCCCUCACCGAGUUUUUGUCCCCAUUCCUGGUUCUACUGUAAUGUUCUGUGAUUAUAAAUUUGGUGAUGAGUCAGCUGAAGAAAUCAGAGACCAUUUUAUAGAAAUGUUAGAUCAGAUGAUUCAACUAGAUGAUUUGGAAGUUGCAGAGGAAAUAAACACAGCUUAUGUGAGUUCCUCUCUGAAUAGUGAAGUUUCUUUGGACAAGACAGAUGAUGAACAGCCUGUGCAACCAAUUAAAACUACAAUAGUAUUGAAAAUUCAGCAAAACAUAGGUGUGAUUGCAGCAUUUGCAGUUGCAGUUCUUGCUGCGGGUAUCUCCUUUCAUUACUUCAGUGAUUAGGGUGAGGCACAAAGAGCUUCCUGAUCAUCCUGGGAACAUUGAUCGACAGCAUGAAUAAGAAAGUUGUAAAUAAUCCAUCACCAUUUAAGAUAGUAGCAGCCAGAUCUGCUACCAAAAUGCCUAUUAGAUGUUUUUGACUGACAUGAAAUCACCAGCUGCCUUGUUUAUCCUUGCUUAUCUUGUAGGUGCCCCCGGUUUCUAAAAAUAAAGUUAUGUAUCUAGAUGGGA